AUGUACCGGGCCCGGGCGGCGCGGGCGGGGCCGGAGCCCGGCAGCCCGGGGCGCUUUGGGAUCCUCAGCACCGGGCAGCUCCGGGACCUGCUGCAGGAUGAGCCCAAGCUGGACCGGAUCGUGCGGCUCAGCAGGAAGUUCCAGGGCCUGCAGCUGGAACGCGAGGCCUGCCUGGCCUCCAACUACGCGCUGGCCAAAGAGAACCUGGCCCUGCGGCCCCGCCUGGAGAUGGGCCGGGCCGCCCUGGCCAUCAAGUAUCAGGAGCUGCGAGAGGUGGCUGAGAACUGCGCUGACAAGCUGCAGCGACUGGAGGAGAGCGUGCAGCGCUGGAGCCCCCACUGCGCGCUGGGCUGGCUGCAGGCCGAGCUGGAGGAGGCUGAGCAGGACGCGGAGGAGCAGAUGGAGCAGCUGCUACUAGGGGAGCAGAGCUUGGAGGCCUUCCUGCCUGCCUUCCAGCGAGGCCGCGCCCUGGCCCACCUGAGGCGGACCCAGGCCGAGAAGCUGCAGGAGCUGCUGCGGCACCGCCGGGAGCGGUCUGCCCAGCCGGCCCCCGCCGCCGCCGCCGCGGACCCCCCCAAGCCCUUCCCCGCGCCAGCCGUCCCGCCCGCGGGGGCUGCCCGGGGGCCAGCCGCCGCCGUGCCCCGGAGCCUGCCCCCCUUGGACUCCCGCCCAGUGCCCCCGCUGAAGGGCUCCCCAGGGUGCCCCCUUGGCCCUGCCCCCCUCCUGAGCCCUAGGCCCUCGCAGCCAGAGCCCCCCCACCGGUAGGAGCCAGGGUGUGGCCCCCCAGUGGGGGGGGCCCAGACAAACUUGAUGGGGGGUUCCUCCUCCUCCUCCCCCCCACUGCCUGGGUGGGGGGAGGGGCAGGCCCCUCCCCCUGGCCUCAGGCAGGCCCACCCCUGGCCCUGGAGGCUGAGCUGGCAAGUAGGGGCACCUGGAAGCCACCCCCCGGAGGGCUGGGGGUGGGGUGGGCAGGUGUCUGGCCUCUGCCUUUUUUGUCUCCCCGGCUGGGGGCCUCCAGGGGGGAUGGAGCAGCCCCCAUCCAAGAACUUGACUCACCUACUGGUGGGGGGCCCUGGGAAGACACCCGCUUCCCGCUGGGGCCGGUCCCACAAUGCCAAGGCCGACAGGAGCGUUUCCAUCACGUCCUGAGCCUACCUUUCCCCCAGUUGCUGGGGCCCACCGCCAAGGAGCCAGGCGGGCAGGCCCCAGCGGCGGGGCUGGGGGCGCCACAGCUCCCCUGGGGGCUGCUGUGUACCCGGCUGGCGCUCCAGACCCUGCCGCGAGGUAGGCCGGGGGCUCCCGCCCUGCACAGGUGAGACGCGCCGUCCCCAGGAAAGACCGUUCUUGUAUUUUUUCUGUCCCUGUCUCCUUAGAAUGGAAGCUUUUUGAGGGCAGGUCCUUGUCUUUGUAUGUUCUGUCCCCAGCCCCAGCUCCUAGGGGCCGUGAAUAAAUGUGAUGA